AUGUGACGCGUUAGUUACUUUCUUUCCGUCGUGUUGUGAAGAUUAUUUGAUGCGGUCUUUCGUUUAGUUUCGUUCAAAAUCCGAACAACUAGGAGCUGGAAAUUUUUGAAUAAUAAAUUUCAGUUGAAUUUUGUUAUUUUCAUUUUUUCUUAUUUAUCAUCAGUUUCACGAAAAAAGGAAAGGAAUAACUAAUUACUAAAUAAUCAACGAAGUUGAUCUUGAAAUAGCAGCGGGUAACCUGAGGAAGCAAAGCUAACUAAAGAAGAAGAGUUUAUAUCAUGGCUCCGAGCAAUGCAUUACCAAUUCAUGGCAAUGAGAAGACGAUGAACCUCAAUUCACUUGUACUGGCAAACAUACAGGCCUCUCCGUAUUUCAAAGUUCAUUUGUACGAGUUAAAGACCUACCACAAGGUUAUUGAUGAGAUUUACUACAAGGUGAAUCACCUGGAACCUUGGGAGAAGGGAAGUCGUAAGUUGGCAGGACAAACAGGGAUGUGCGGAGGGGUUCGUGGUGUGGGUACUGGAGGGAUCGUUUCAAGUGCCUACUGCCUACUCUACAAGUUGUACACUCUCAAACUCACUCGCAAGCAGCUUAUUGGAUUGUGCACGCACACUGACUCAUCGUUCAUCAGGGCAUUGGGGUUGAUGUACAUAAGAUACACACAACCUCCCAACACAUUCUGGGAAUGGUUGGAGCCGUACUUGGAUGAUGAUGAGGAAGUUGAUCCAAAAGCAGGUGGUGGAAACAACAUGACGAUAGGAGAAAUGUGCGAACAACUCCUCUUGAAACUUGACUGGUAUGGAACGCUGUUUCCUCGCAUUCCAGUGCCGAUUCAGAAGGACAUAGAGAAUCGUUUGUCAUUUCACAAGGAGAGACGAAACCACAUGGCCAAGCAAGCUCGACUGAACCACAACACAGCUGGUCCACGCGAUGGAGUGAUGAAUGUCGCCGGUGCCUCUGCAGGUGCUGUGAGGGAGGAUGUCUCAUUUGGAGAGGCUGAGAGGCAGGCUAGGAUGGCAGACAGGGAAUCAACUAUGAAAUCAUUAGCCAAGCAGAGUCCACAAACUGGUGUUAGAGAGGCAAGCCUUCCCAGUGUGCACAAAGAGAGACAGACAUUCUCAAAAGACAGGUCGCCUGCAGACCGACGCAUGUCACGUUCCAGAUCACGACAUCGUUCUAAAGAUCGCAAACGUCAUCGUUCUCAUAGUUCGGAUGAACAUUCCCACAAGCAUAAACAUCACAAGCAUCAUCAUCAUCAUCACAAGCACAAGAGUAGCAAGAAAAAACACAAAAGCUCAAAAGACAAUAAUGAAGAAAAUGAUCGAGGAAGCAGGGAGAGACAUGCAGAUGGCGGGAAGGAAGAAUCGACUCAUCACAAAAGACAUAACAAACAUAGGAGCAGGAAGCGUAAGCAUUCAUCAUCUCCCUCUCCAUCUCAUCAUCACAAAAGAUCAAACCUUGAACACAGAGAUACUGGAAGUAAGGAGCAACUCAAAGAUAAUGCUUCUGCUGUGACUUCUGGAGAUGUGAACAGAUGAUUCUCUUUGGUUACAAUUUGAACUGCGAAUAUUCAUGUUCUUGUUAUGAACCUACGAUUGAAUUUUUAACUUUUUGUAAACUGUAUAUAUGUUUAUUUUUAUACUUAAUAUUUUGUUUCAUUACCGUUCGUAGGACAAAUAAUAAAACAUAAUAUAAAUAGACUGUUUCGUUACGUUUGUUCUGUCCAUCAGCGUUCGCGCGCUCGCUGUGUCCGUGUCUGUUCUGGUUCAGAUUUGCGUAUAUGGCGUGUCGCUGCUCGAAGGCGUUACGCUAUACCAAGUAUUACGUUCUUUCGACGUGUCUUCAAAUAUUUUCUUCAAAUUAUCUUAUUUUACUCCCACUAAAUGCAUCUUAUCCGUUCUAUAGCUUGCAUGCUGUUACUUUCUCUGCGUCUGAGAGUUUGAUUUACAGAAUAAAAAAAAUUUGUGAUAACAUUGGUGAGGUAAAAAAUUUUUCAAUUGGUGAA